AUGAGGGAUUUGGACUUCAUCUAUCCCAUGCGGGAGAUUCAAGUGGGAGGGGAUGACCUCAGAACCUCAUCAACUGAUUCCAUGAAUGAAAAUUCAACAACACCCCCAGAUGAACAUGGUCAGGGUGAUGCCCCACCACAGCAAGAUGAGGAACCUGCCUUUCCACAUACUGACCUGGUCAAGUUGGAUGACAUGAUCAACAGGCCUCGAUGGGUGGUUCCUGUUUUACCAAAAGGAGAAUUAGAAGUGCUUUUAGAAGCUGCCAUUGAUCUUAGUAAAAAAGGCCUUGAUGUUAAAAGUGAUGCAUGUCAACGUUUUUUUCGAGAUGGGCUAACAGUAUCUUUCACUAAAAUCCUUAUGGAUGAGGCAGUGAGUGGAUGGAAGUUUGAAAUUCAGAGAUGCAUUAUUAAUAACACUCACCGCCUUGUGGAGCUUUGUGUAGCCAAGUUGUCCCAAGAUUGCUUUCCACUUCUAGAAUUGUUGGCCAUGGCCUUUAAUCCUCAUUGCAAAUUUCAUAUCUACAAUGGUACACGUCCUUGUGAAUCAGUUCCCACAAACACUCCGUUACCAGAAGAUGAACUAUUUGCUCUUUCUUCAGAUCAUCGAUCACCAAAAGGUUGGCUUGUGGAUCUCAUCAAUAAAUUUGGCAGUUUAAAUGGGUUUCAGAUUUUGCUUGAUCGUUUCAUAAAUGGAUCAGCAUUAAAUGUUCAAAUAAUUGCAGCUUUUAUUAAACCAUUUGGACAGUGCUAUGAAUUUCUUUGUCCACACACAGUAAAGAAAUACUUUCUCCCAGUUAUCAAUAUAAUUCCACACUUAGUGGAAAAUUUAACUGAUGAAGAAUUGAAAAAAGAAGCAAAGAAUGAGGCCAAAAAUGAUGCACUUUCAAUGGUUAUUAAAUCUCUGAAGAAUUUAGUUUCAAGAAUUCCAGAACAAGAAGCAACUGUAAAAGUUAUAGAAAAUUUUAGGUUGAAAGUGAUACUUAGAUUAUUACAGAUUUCUUCUUUUAGUGGAAAAAUGAAUGCACUAAAUGAAAUAAAUAAGGUAAUAUCUAACGUAUCUUAUUAUACUCAUCGACAUGGUAAUACUAAGGAAGAAGAGUGGCUAACAGCUGAGCGAAUGGCAGAAUGGAUACAGCAAAACAAUAUUUUGUCUAUAAUCUUACGAGAUAGUCUUCAUCAACCACAGUAUGUGGAAAAGCUGGAGAAGAUUCUUCGUUUUGUGCUUAAAGAAAAAGCUCUUACAUUACAGGAUCUUAAUAAUAUUUGGGCAGCACAGGCAGGGAAACAUGAAGCCAUUGUGAAGAAUGUGCAUGAUUUGCUGGCAAAAUUGGCUUGGGAUUUUUCUUCUGAACAAAUGGAUCAUCUUUUUGAUUGCUUUAAGGCAAGUUGGACAAGUGCAAGCAAUAAACAGCGUGAAAAGCUACUUGAACUGAUAUGUCGUCUUGCAGAAGAUGAUAAAGAUGGUGUGAUGGCACAUAAAGUAUUAAACCUUCUUUGGAAUCUGGCACACAGUGAUGAUGUACCUAUAGACAUCAUGGACCUAGCUCUCAAUGCCCACGUAAAAAUACUAGAUUAUAGUUGUUCCCAGGAUCGAGAUACAUUAAAGAUCCAGUGGAUAGAUCGUCUUAUAGAAGAACUUUGCAGAAAUAACAAGUGGGCAAUUCCUGCACUGAAACAAAUAAGAGAAAUUUGUACUUUAUUUGGUGAAGCACCACAAAAUAUCAGUCAAAUUCAGCGAAGCCACCAGAUUGCUUAUCGUCAUGAUUUAAUCAACCAGCUUCAGCGGGAUCAUGCUUUAGUUACUUUGGUAGCAGAAAACCUUGCAGAGUAUAUGAAUAGCAUCAGAUUGUAUGCUAGAGAUAAUGAAGACUAUGACCCACAAACUGUGAGGCUUGGAAAUAGAUACAGUCAUGUUCAGGAAGUUCAAGAACGACUUUACUUCCUCAGGUUCUUAUUGAAGGAUGGCCAACUCUGGCUAUGUGCUCCGCAAGCCAAACAAAUAUGGAAGUGCUUAGCAGAGAAUGCAGUUUAUCAUUGUGAUCGUGAAGCCUGUUUUAAAUGGUAUUCCAAGUUAAUGGGAAAUAAACCUGACUUAGAUCCUGAUAUUAAUAAGGAUUUCUUUGAAAGUAAUGUGCUUCAGCUUGAUCCUUGCUUGUUAACUGAAAGUGGAAUGAAGUGUUUUGAAAGAUUCUUCAAAGCAGUUAAUCAUCGAGAAGGGAAGCUAGUAGCAAAAAGGAGAGUCUAUAUGAUGGAUGAUUUGGAGUUAAUAGGAUUAGACUACCUUUGGCGGGUUGUGAUUCAGAGUAGUGAUGAUAUUGCCAGCAGAGCUAUAGAUCUUCUUAAAGAGAUAUAUACAAACCUUGGUCCCAGGCUGCAGAUGAAUCAGGUGGUUAUCCAUGAAGACUUUAUUCAGUCUUGCUUUGAUCGUCUGAAAGCAUCAUAUGACACAUUGUAUAUCUUGGAUAGCGAAAACAACAAUAUUAGUUGUGUGAGACAAGAAGUCAUCCGAAUGGUCCGAGUGCUAACUGUUCUGAGGGAGUACAUAAAUGAAUGUGAUAGUGAUUAUCAUGAAGAAAGAAUGAUUUUACCCAUGUCCAGAUCCUUCCGCGGCAAACACCUGUCUCUUAGAGUUCGAUUUACAAAUCAGGGCAGACAAGUUGAUGACUUGAACAUAUUAUCUCAUACAAAUGAUACAAUUGGUUCAAUUCGUCAUUGUAUUCUUAACCGUGUUAAAGCCAAUGUAGCCCAUACAAAAGUUGAACUUUUUGUGGGUGGUGAAUUGAUAGGUUCUGAAGAUGACAGAAAGCCAAUUGAACAAUUAAAUUUGAAAGACAAAUCUCUAAUAACAGCCAGGCUUACACAAAAAAAUUCAAACAUAUCUUCAAGUCCAUAUAGCUCUUCUGAUUCAUCAUCUGGAUCCCCUGAAAACCAUUGUAAUCAGAGCACUGAUGGUCACGGUUCAGGAGUAGAAAGUUGUUUGCCUGGUGUUAUAAUGUCACUGCAUCCAAGAUAUAUCUGUUUCCUUUGGCAACUUGCAGAUUUAGGUAGCAGCCUAAAUAUGCCGCCUCUUAGAGAUGAAGCAAGACUGCUUAUGGAACUUAUGCCACCAGAUAACACAACUAUAGAAAAGUUAAGAAUGAUAUGUGUGGGACAGUCAAAACUUGAAAAAAGUAAUUGUGAUCUAUCUCUUGAAUCACUUUUCUUUGGUUCUUCUGCCUCGCAAGUUCUAUACCUAACAAAGGUAAUCUAUGUGUUGUUGAUGCCUGCUGAUACAUCUCUGGCUGACAAUUCCUUAGAGUUUCAAUUCCAUUUCCUGAAAAGUGGUGGCUUGUCCCUUGUAUUGAGUAUGCUAAUAAAAAAUAACUUUUUACCAAAUAUAGAUACAGAAACUCAAAGGGGCAUAUACUUUAAUGCUCUUAAAAUCGCAAAAUUGUUACUAACUGCUAUUGGUUAUGGCCAUGUUCGUGCUGUGGCAGAAGCUUGUCAGUCAGUGCUCGAUGGUACAGAUCCUGUAACAAAGAUUAAUCAAGUUACUCAUGGUCAGGCAGUGGUGCUGCAUAGUGCCCUUCAGAUCAUUCCUAAUCCUUCUGCUGAUAGCAUGCUCAGAAAUGUAUCAGUACGUCUUGCUCAGCAAAUAUCUUAUGAGGCCUCAGGAUACAUGCCUGAUAUUUGUGUAAUUAGAGCCAUAAAGAAAAUUACCUGGGCUUCAGGAUGUGGGGCAUUAGAGCUAGUAUUUAGCCCAAAUGAAGAAAUCACUAAUAAUUAUCAGAUGAACCUUAUUGCACACCAUAAGCUGAAGAGAGAGGAUGAACAGAUUUGCUGUGAAGCCUUGGAAGUGAUGACAUUGUGUUUUGCUUUAAUUCCAACAGCGUUAGAUGCAUUUAGUAAAGAAAGGGGCUGGAAAACCUUUGUCAUUGACUUGCUAUUGCACUGUUCCAGCAAAACCAUUCGCCAGUUAGCACAAGAGCAAUUUUUUUUAAUGUGUACCAGAUGUUGCAUGGGACAUCGGCCUCUUGUUUUCUUCAUUACUCUACUCUUUACCAUUUUGGGGAGCACAGCAAGAGAGAGGGGAAAACAUUCUGGUGAAUAUUUCACACUUCUAUGUCAGCUCCUUAAUUAUGCUUACAACAGUAAUGUAAAUGUACCUGAUGCUGACGUUCUUCUUAACAAUGAAAUUGAUUGGCUCAAAAGAAUUAAGGAUGCUGUUAAAAACACAGGUGAAACAGGUAUUGAAGAAUCAAUUUUGGAAGGCCACUUGGGUGUCACAAAAGAGUUGAUGGCCUUUCAAACUCCUGAGCAAAAGUAUUACAUUGGUUGUAAAAAAGGAGGUGCUAAUCUUAUUAAAGAAUUAAUUGAUGAUUUCAUCUUCCCUGCAUCCAAAGUUUACCUGCAAUAUGUAAAAAAUGGAGAAUUGCCAGCAGAGCAGGCUGUUCCAGUCUGUGGUUCACCAGCUACUAUCAGGGCCGGUUUUGAACUGCUUGUAGCAUUAGCUGUUGGCUGUGUAAAAAAUCUCAAAGAGGUAGUAGACUGUUUGACUGAAAUGUAUUACUUAGACACAGCAAUAACUACUUAUGAAGCACUUACUGAGUGGGAGUAUCUGCCACCAGUUGGACCACGACCACCAGAAGGAUUUGUAGGACUCAAAAAUGCUGGUGCUACUUGUUACAUGAAUUCAGUGAUUCAACAACUAUUCAUGAUUCCUUCUAUCAGAAAUACUAUUCUUGUAGUUGAAGGCACAGGUACUGAUUUAGAGGAUGAUAUGUGUGGGGAAGAGGAGAAGCAAAACAGUGAGGUUAAUCUUGAACCUCGAGGUGAUGCAUUUGCAUAUCAAUUUGAAGCCAAACCAGCAUUAAAUAAAAGUGAAGAUAGGAAGGAGUAUAACAUAAGUGUUUUAAGGCACCUUCAGAUCAUCUUUGGUCACUUAGCUGCUUCUCAACUACAAUAUUAUAUACCCAGAGGAUUUUGGAAACAGUUCAGACUUUGGGGUGAACCUGUUAAUCUCCGUGAACAACACGAUGCUUUAGAGUUUUUUAAUUCUUUGGUGGACAGUUUGGAUGAAGCAUUAAAAGCUUUAGGCCAUCCUGCUAUACUAAGUGAAGUCCUAGGAGGUUCCUUUGCUGAUCAGAAGAUUUGCCAAGGCUGCCCACAUAGAUAUGAGUGUGAAGAAUCUUUUACAACUUUGAAUGUAGACAUCAGGAAUCACCAAAAUCUUCUGGAUUCUUUGGAGCAGUAUGUCAAAGGGGAUUUAUUAGAAGGUGCAAAUGCAUAUUUUUGUGAAAAAUGUGAUAAAAAGGUUGACACAGUAAAGCGCUUGCUAAUUAAAAAAUUACCUGCUGUGCUUGCUAUCCAACUGAAAAGAUUUGACUAUGAUUGGGAAAAAGAAUGUGCAAUCAAAUUCAAUGAUUAUUUUGAAUUUCCACGUGAGCUAGACAUGGAACCUUACACGGUUGCAGGUGUUGCAAAACUAGGAGAUAAUAUAAGUACAGACAGUCAGUUAACUAAAAAGAAUGAGCAGUAUGAAAAUGAGACAGUAAGAAGCACAAAAUACAGACUUGUGGGUGUGCUGGUACACAGCGGUCAAGCAAGUGGUGGACAUUAUUAUUCAUACAUCAUUCAAAGAAAUAAAGACAAGCAGAAAGAACACUGGUAUAAAUUUGAUGAUGGAGAUGUAACGGAGUGCAAAAUGGAUGAUGAUGAAGAAAUGAAAAGUCAAUGUUUUGGUGGAGAUUACAUGGGAGAAAUACCUGAUUAUAUGAUGAAACGCAUGUCAUAUAGGAGACAGAAAAGAUGGUGGAAUGCAUAUAUACUUUUUUAUGAAAGAAUGGACACAAUAAGUGAAGAUACAGAGAUGAUAAGAUAUAUAUCACGUCUGACUAUUACAAGACCCCAUCAGAUAAUGAUGUCGCCAGUUAUUGAGAAGAAUGUACGGAAACAAAAUGUGCAGUUCAUGCAUAAUCAAAUGCAGUAUAGUUUAGAAUAUUUUCAGUUUGUGAAAAAACUGCUUACAUGUAAUAGUGUUUACUUAAAUCCUGGUCCAGGACAAGAUCACCUGUUACCUGAAGCAGAAGAAAUCACUAUGAUUAGUAUUCAGCUUGCCGCUAGAUUCCUGUUUACUACUGGAUUUCACACCAAGAAGAUUGUCCGAGGACCUGCCAGUGACUGGUGUGAUGUCCUGUGCAUUCUCCUCCGUCACAGCAAGAAUGUACGUUUUUGGUUUGUGCAUAACACACUUUUCAGUGUGUCAAAUCGUUUGUCUGAAUACCUUUUGGAGUGCCCUAGUGCAGAAGUCAGGAGUACAUUUGCGAAGCUUAUAGUAUUUAUUGCACAUUUUUCCUUGCAAGAUGUUUAUUGUCUUUCAACCUUUACAUCUCCAGGACCUUGUAGUCAGGAAUGUGAUAGCUUCAGUUUGAGUGAUCAUUUACUAAGAGCAGUACUAAAUCUCCUGAGAAGGGAAGUUUCAGAAAAUGGACGUCAUUUACAGCAGUAUUUCAAUUUGUUUGUGAUGUAUGCCAAUCUAGGCCUGGCGGAAAAGACACAGCUUUUGAAGUUGAGUGUACCUGCUACUUUUAUGCUUGUUUCUUUAGAUGAAGGGCCAGGUCCUCCAAUCAAGUAUCAGUAUGCUGAAUUAGGCAAGUUAUAUUCAGUGGUGUCUCAGUUAAUCCGUUGCUGCAGUGUUUCAUCAAGAAUGCAAUCUUCAAUCAACGGUAAUCCUCCUCUUCCUAAUCCUUUUGGUGACACUAACUUAUCACAACCCAUAAUGCCAAUUCAGCAAAAUGUGGCAGACAUUUUAUUUGUGAGGACAAGGUAUGUGAAGAAAAUUAUUGAAGACUGCAGUAAUUCUGAGGAGACCAUCAAAUUACUUUGUUUUUGCUGCUGGGAGAAUCCUCAAUUCUCAUCUACUGUCCUCAGUGAACUUCUUUGGCAGGUUACAUAUUCAUAUACAUGUGAGCUUUGGCCCUAUUUGGAUCUACUUUUGCAAAUUUUACUGAUUGAAGAUUCCUGGCAGAUUCACAGAAUUCAUAAUGCACUUAAAGGAAUACCAGAUGAACGAGAUGGACUGUUUGAUACAAUCCAACGUUCUAAGAAUCACUAUCAAAAAAGAGCAUAUCAAUGUAUGAAAUGUAUGGUGGCUCUGUUUAGCAGUUGUCCUGUUGCUUGCCAAAUCUUACAGAGUAAUGUAGAUCUUAAAAGAAAGUGGACCUGGACAGUGGAAUGGCUUGGAGAUGAACUGGAAAGAAGACCAUAUGCUGGCAAUCCUCAGUAUACUUACAAUAAUUGGUCUCCUCCUAUACAAAGCAAUGAAACAUCAAAUGGUUAUUUCAUAGAAAGAUCACAAAGUGCAAGUAUGACACUUGCAAAAGCUUGUGAGCUCUGUCCAGAAGAGGAACCAGAUUUCCAAGAUGUUACAGAUAAGGAUGAAAUAUCCCCACCCAAACGUGCUUCAUUGUAUUCCCAUUCAUCUGGAUCUAUGUAUCAACAAAAUAACCAUGUGCAUGGACUGCCAUUGACAGGAUCAGCAGCACUUCACUUGAGCACUCAGAAAUCUGACCAACAAACACAAGAAUAUUGUGAAAGCAGUGAAGAAGUUAAUUCACCUCAAAUCAUAUCCAUCAAAUGCACACGAUUAAUUGGUUUCCUUAAGAUCCUACUCUCUUGCCUUAACAUUUUUCUAACUUUUUCUAUGCUUGAGUGGUAUUUAAAAGAGGAACUGCUCAAAAUCUACAUUGAGACUAUUCACUGUCGUAUAUUCUCUAUCAGUUUGUAAAAACACAGGGUAAAGUGUAUAGUAUUUUAUAAUAAAGGCUGAUACUAUGUUAAUGGCAAAGAUGUACAAAUUGAAUGAAUGACUAUUUUUUA